AUGUCGCCGAGCUUCAAACUAGCUGCCUCACUGGCACUCCUUUACUUGACGUCGUGGGUCGCCGCAGUACCUCUUGCAAGAGCCCCUCAAAUUAAUAAACGCCAAAACUAUCCUGGAUGGAAUUACGACUCUGAUAAGGUUCGCGGUGUCAACAUUGGUGGUUGGCUUGUUUUAGAACCAUACAUUACACCUUCUUUAUUUGAGGCUUUUGGUUCGGACGAGUCUCAGAUUCCAGUUGAUGAGUAUCACUAUACACAAUAUCUUGGAAAAGAUGAAGCUUCAAACCGUCUCAAUCAGCAUUGGUCGACCUUUUAUACUGAACAAGACUUUUACGAUAUUGCAUCCUACGGCCUCAAUCACGUUCGCAUUCCCAUUGGCUACUGGGCUUAUAUCCAGUUUGACGAUGAUCCCUAUGUGUUUGGUGCCGACAUAUAUCUUGAGCAGGCCAUUGGCUGGGCCCGAAAUGCUGGACUUAAGGUAUGGAUUGAUUUGCAUGGUGCACCUGGCUCACAAAAUGGCUUUGACAAUUCUGGUUUACGCGACUCUAUCAAUUGGCAAAAUGGCAAUAAUGUGGACAUUACACUGAGCGUUCUCAACAUUAUUUCACAAAAGUAUGGCACUGAAGAUUACUCUGAUGUGGUUGUUGGUAUUGAAUUGUUGAAUGAGCCAUUGGGUCCUUCGCUUGACAUGUCGCGUGUUAAGGACUUUUACUUGCAAGGUUAUGAUGUGGUGCGUAACUCAUCUCAUGAACGUGCUGUGAUUUUCCACGAUGCUUUCCAGGCUCUCAAUUACUGGAAUGGUGAUGACUUUAUGCGUCUUCCUGACUAUUACUUUUCCAUUUUGGACCACCACCAAUACCAGGUGUUUAGUCCUGGUGAGGUGUCUCGCAGCAUUGACGAGCAUGUGUCUGUUGCUUGUGGAAUUGGAAGCUCGAUGCAGAGUGAGUACCACUGGCGUGUCACUGGUGAGUGGUCGGGAGCUUUGACUGACUGUGCUAAGUGGUUGAAUGGUGUUGGUCGUGGUGCUCGUUAUGAUGGAUCGUAUAAUAAUAAUGGUCAAACUUCGUACUGGGUUGGUAGUUGCGACUGUCGUCAGGAUAUUACUACUUGGAGUGACCAGGCCAAGGCUGAUACUCGUAAAUAUAUUGAGGCUCAGUUGGAGGCUUAUGACCAAGGUGCUGGUUGGAUUUUCUGGUGCUACAAGACUGAGACUACACUUGAAUGGGAUUUUAAGAGACUUGUUGAUGGUGGAUUAUUUCCUUAUCCUUUUGAUCAGCGUCAGUAUCCCAAUGUGUGUGGAUUUUACUAA